GUUACUAUUUUUUCUGUGAGUAUUAGUCAUUAGUUCUCCAGCCCCAACUCUGCAUAGAACUGAAAAACAGUUUUGUAGAUUCGCAUAUUGUGGAAUAGAAGUUAGUUUUUAUCCAUUUACAUUUACAGAAAGAGAAUAGAAGAAUGCAGUUAUUUUUCUUAACUUUGCUGAUGGUAAUUGCUGCAUGUUACAGUGCAGAAAUUAAAAGAGUACAAUUACACCGGUUUCGGUCUGCCAGAAGAAGGUUUCAGGAAGUCGGCACCAAUUCCCAAGGACUAAAAGAUAUCUAUUGGAAUAGAUUUGCAGUUGGCAACGGUGUUCCUGAACCUUUAUCUAACUAUUUGGAUGCUCAAUAUUAUGGAGAGAUAAGCAUAGGAACUCCCCCUCAAAACUUUAAGGUAGUUUUCGAUACUGGAUCUUCAAAUUUAUGGGUUCCAUCAAAGAAAUGUCACUUGAGCAAUAUUGCUUGUUUGUUACACAACAAAUAUGAUAGUACAAAAUCCAGCACGUAUCAAAAGAAUGGAACGAAGUUUGCUAUUCAGUAUGGUUCGGGGAGCCUAUCAGGAUUUCUUAGUGACGACACAGUUACUGUAAAUGGUCUUAAAGUUAAAAAUCAAGUUUUUGCGGAGGCUCUUAGUGAACCUGGUAUGGCAUUCGUUGCAGCCAAAUUUGAUGGUAUUUUAGGCUUAGGAUAUAAGACUAUAUCUGUUGAUGGCGUUCUACCAGUGUUCUAUUCUAUGGUUCAACAAAAAGUUGUAGAUGAGCCUGUUUUCUCUUUCUAUCUAAACAGAAAUCCUGAUUCUAAAGUUGGAGGUGAACUACUCUUUGGGGGAACUGAUCCAAAAUAUUACACUGGCAACUUUACUAACCUACCAGUCACCAGACAAGGCUACUGGCAAUUUAAAAUGGACGGAAUUAAGAUUGGAGGGGAAUCAUCUGAGGCUUGUGUCGGAGGUUGCCAAGCUAUUGCAGAUACUGGAACUAGCCUGAUUGCAGGACCAACUGCCGAAGUUGCUAAAAUCCAAAAGGCAAUAGGUGCGACUCCCUUGGCUGCUGGAGAAUACACAAUUGAUUGUAGCAAGAUUUCUUCUCUACCCACAAUAUCUUUCAUUCUAGCUGGAAGGGAAUUCGUCCUUCAGGGAAAAGAUUACGUACUUGAGAUUUCUAAACUCGGUCAAACAAUAUGCCUUAGCGGUUUCAUGGGAAUGGAUAUUCCCCCACCAGCAGGACCCCUUUGGAUCCUUGGCGACGUUUUCAUCGGGCGUUACUAUACGAAAUUUGAUUUAGGAAGUAACAGUGUUGGUUUCGCUAAAACCAGCGGAAUGGCUCAAGAGUUUAAUAUUGAUAGUGUUCCAACUUGGAUAUUAGGAGACGCAUACCUAAUGAAUUUUUAUACAACUUUCGAUAUGGGUAAGAAUGAGGUUGACAUCAAAUCUCCAAGACAUGGUGGUGAACUAGUUGCUGAAGUUCUUAAAUCACAUGGUGUGAAAUUCAUAUUUACUUUAGUUGGUGGGCACAUCUCGCCUAUACUUGUUGCAUCAGAGAAGAAAGGAAUAAAGAUUGUAGACGUUCGUCAUGAGGCAUCAUCCGUAUUUGCCGCUGACGCUGUUGCUCGACUAUCAGGAACAGUUGGCGUAGCUGCUGUGACUGCCGGCCCUGGUCUAACAAAUACUGUCACUGCUAUAAAGAAUGCUCAAAUGGCUGAGUCUCCUAUUUUACUUAUUGGUGGAGCGGCAGCUGGAAUUUUGAAAGGGAGGGGAGCCUUACAGGAUAUCGAUCAAAUGGUUCUAUUCAAACCUUUAUGCAAAUACACUGCAACUAUUCGAAGCUGCAGGGAAAUUAUUCCAACACUUAAAAAAGCAUUACAGGAAGCCCAAUCGGGAGUUCCAGGACCGGUUUUUGUUGAAUUUCCUAUUGAUACCCUCUACCCAUGUGAAUUAGUCAAGAGAGAAAUUGGAGCUAAAGAUGGUGGGAGCGCAAAAGGUUUAUUUCAAAAAAUUGCUGCUUGGUACUUGGAUGUGUAUAUGAGAAACAUCUUCAGUGGAGCUUGGGAGAAAAGAGAUGUAUCUCCGUUACCUGUUUACCAACCCAAGGCAGAUAGCCAGCUUAUAGAGAAAGCUGCUGAAAUUGUCAGGAAUAGUAAAAAACCUGUUAUUCUACUAGGUAGUCAAGCGACGUUGCCUCCUGUACCUGCCGAUGACCUCAGACGUUCUUUAGAAGCUAUGGGAAUUCCUUGUUUCUUAGGAGGUAUGACAAGAGGCCUAUUAGGUCGUAACAAUCCGAUACAUAUUCGUCAACGACGUAGAGAUGCAUUGGCCGAGGCUGAUGUUGUUAUUAUGGCGGGGGCUGUUGCAGACUUCCGUCUAAGUUAUGGUAGAGUUUUGAAAAGAAAGAGUAAAAUUAUUGCCAUAAAUCGCUCAAAAGAGCAGCUAUUUAAGAAUACAGAUAUGUUUUGGAAACCGACUAUAGGAGCGGUUUCUGACGUUGGAACUUUUAUGGUAGGCUUACAAAGACGAUUAUCCGGUUACCGUGCAGAUGAGAGUUGGGCAAGUACGUUGAAGGCUAGAGAUACGGAAAAGGAAACCGCUAAUGAAAAGAAAGGGAUGGAAGAAACACAGAAACACUUAAAUCCAAUCAAUGUUCUUCAUCGUAUCGAAAAUCUCUUACCAGAUAACGCUAUUCUAGUAGCAGAUGGCGGCGAUUUUGUCGGAACGGCAGCGUAUAUAGUUAGACCUAGAGCUCCCUUAACUUGGUUGGAUCCAGGUGCAUUUGGAACGUUAGGUGUUGGUGGAGGCUUUGCCUUAGGAGCCAAAUUAGUUAGACCCGAUGCUGAGGUUUGGAUUAUUUAUGGAGAUGGUUCUUUAGGCUAUAGUGUUGCUGAAAUGGACACUUAUACAAGAUUUAAGACGCCAGUUAUUUGUUUAGUCGGAAAUGACGCUUGUUGGUCUCAAAUCGCCAGAGAACAAGUACCUAUGUUCAAGUCAAGUGUAGCUUGCGAUUUAGAAUAUUCUGCUUAUGAGAGAGUUGCGGAUGGUUAUGGUGGUAAAGGUUACAAAAUUGAUCGCACAAAUGUAGAUAAAUUAGAGGAGAUUAUCAAAGAAGUACAAGAGAACUCUAAAAAUGGAAAAAGUUCCCUUUUGAAUGUCUUAAUUGGUAAGACAAAUUUUAGAGAAGGAAGUAUUUCUGUUUAA